GUGCUACGAGGAAAUUGAAGACAAAGAUGCAGCGAAACCGUUUUAUGACCUUGAAGAAAUGAGACUGUGGUACUUGAAUAAUGAUCCUUCUAUUGGAAGGUCAUUUGUGGAACAAGAUACUGCUAAUGCACUGAAAUUGGAACAACCCAGUCAAUAUGAGGAACUUCUGCAGCGAUCCGGUCUCCAUUAUCUUACGAAUCGUCUGUCUUCUCAGCAAAAUUACGAAUGUGCCUGGAGAAUGGGUGAUUGGAGUGUUUUGGACAGAGAUCAGAGUCCCAGUGAUUUCAGGGAGAAUUUCAACUUUGAACGAGAUCACUAUAAAAGUCUGAAAAAUCUUCACAAAAUUGAUAAGAAUCUCACGAAUUUGUUCAGUGAAAAGUCUCGAUUGAGUCUAAUCGAGUCAAUGAGGAAGAAAAAUCCUCAAUCAUCAAAGACCUUCCACAAUCACUUCACAAUGCUGCGACAGAUGCAGCAGAUUGAAGAUUUCUCAGUGGCAUUCUUCAGUGAUGACCGGGACGAUGCCAUGGAGAGAUUGUAUGAAAAAUGGCAGUGGCAUGAUACUCUGCCAUGUACGUCUUUUGUGGAGAAAGAGAAAAUUUUGGCACAGAGAUUGGUGAUCUUGGACACAGUGGAGACUGUUGACAUGGUCAGGGAGAAGCAUAAGACUCUCUUGCAGCUUGUCCAUGAAGCACAAAAUGCCAAUUGUGACAAUAUCGCCAUCAAAUACCUCAAGCAUCUGCGUAGUCUCACUCUCGACGAUGAAAUGGAGUCUAAAAUGCUCCUGGAAGAUGCUCAGCUUUGCAAGAAAUUUGGGUAUAUUGACUUGGCUAAGAAGCUCUUUUCAUCCUUGAUCAAUGAAUCCAAAUAUCAGUCUUUCAUCACGCGAAUCACAGGAUUAUGGACUUGUGGAGAAUUUUUCUCCGAUAACAUGAAUGAGGAUCCAAAUGUGAUCUAUCGUGAUUACUUUAAGAUGGCCAAAGAAGAGUUGUUCAAGUAUCAAAAGCGCUUUGCAAAUGUUGCAGAUAAAAUGCGGUGUAUUAAGGAGGAGAGAAUAAAGAUUUUUAAAGCUGUGGCCAAAUUUGCUGAUAAAAUUUACAGUGAGCGUGAUAAGUACCUGAAUUCGAGUGAGUACAAAGAAAAGUGUCAGUAUUUGGAAUUGACACACAAAGAAGUGGAGAAAUUGUCCACACAGAGACCAACUAGUGAGGAACUGCAGAAAGAAAUCAGAACCAAGCAGUAUAUUUUGAUGAAAAAUAGCGAAUUGGAUAAGCUGGAGAUCAAGAAUAUUUGCAAUGAUCGCAAUCUCUAUCUCUCAAUCGCUCUCGAAUACUACAUUUCUUUAGCGGCUUUUGGGGAGAAUUGCGAUGUUUACAUCUCAAGACUGGUAUCACUGUGGUGUUCCAAUCAUUCCAAUGAUAAUGUCAUAAAUAUGCUUACGAAGAGUCUCGAUGAAGUACCCAGCUAUAAGUUUCUCAAAGUUCUCCCACAGCUGGCAUCUCGUCUGGGAAAUAGUGAUACAAUGUUCACAAAGCUCCUUACACGAGUUCUCGUCAGAUGCUGUGCUGAUCAUCCCUAUCACUCUCUCAAUCACAUCAUGGCCCUUCAAAAUGCCAAUUAUGAUGCAGAAGAUCAGAGCAUUGAUGAAAGUGGAAGAAUGCUUCAGGCCAAUGCUAAGGCAAUAAUUCAGGAGUUACAGAAAAAUCCAAAAACUAAGGGAAUUAUCAAGGAACUCAAUGAGGUGAAUAUUGCAUUGAUUGAAUUGGCCAAUAAGCACAUUGAUAGACAAUCAUCGAGAUUGGAAUUGAGUGCAAAUGAGAAAAUUAUUGCCAUUGGAACCAAGAGGCUUUUCCAUCUGCCAACUGUGAAUCUUCCCAUUCGAAGAGAUUGCAAUUACAACAACAUCAUCUAUGUCACCAAAUGGAUAAGGGAAUUUCAAGUGCUGUCGGGGAUAAAUGCGCCAAAGCACCUCAUUUGCAUUUGUUCAGAUGGCUCCUACAGAAGUAUCAUUGUGAAGGGAAAUGAUGAUUUGCGUCAGGAUGCUCUGAUGCAGCAAGUUUUUCUCUAUAUCAAUGAUAUCUUCAAGACUGAGCAGCAUCUGCAGAAGCUCCAGAUUCGCACGUACAAAAUCAUUCCAUUGACCAAGAGAUCUGGCUUUAUGGAGUUUUGUGACAAUUCCACUCCUCUUACGAUUUAUCUGGCAAAAGCUCACAAUCGCUACAGGCCCUUUGAAAAGACUUUCAAUGAAUGCCGUGCUGUUCUCAUGAACUGCGCAAAUCAAGAUCCAUCAGUGAAGUUGCAGAAUUAUUUAAAACUCUGUGAAGAAAUCAAACCAGUAUUCUACAAUUAUUUCCUGGAACAAUUUCCAAGUCCCAGGGAUUGGUACGAAAAAAGAUUAGCUUACAUCAAUUCUGUAGCUUCGACUUCAAUGGUGGGAUUUGUUCUCGGGAUUGGAGAUCGUCAUCUCAGCAAUAUUUUGCUGGACAAGAAGACAGCGCAAAUCAUUCACAUUGAUUUUGGGAUUUCUUUUGAAAAAGGCAGAAUCCAACGAACCCCGGAACUUGUACCGUUUCGCCUAACUCGUGACAUUGUGUCAGCAAUGGGCUUCUUGGGUGUCGAUGGCAUCUUCAGACGAUCUUGUGAGUUGACAAUGGAAGUGUUGCGUGAAAAUCAAGCAACAAUUAACACAAUUCUCGAGGUGCUCCUCCAUGAUCCCCUCUGCAAUUGGAGCACGAGUCAGGUGGAGAUGUGUGCAUCGGCAAAUGAGAGUAUCCAUGUGAAUGAGCAGAAAAAUGCAUCAGCAACUCGAGCACUGUUUCGAGUUAAUGAGAAACUCAGUGGACGCGAUUCCAGCACCACUGUCCAUUCGGUUGGCACUCAAGUGGAGAGGCUCAUUCAGCAAGCUAUAAAUCCGGCAAAUCUCUCACGAAUGUUCUACGGUUGGUGUGCAAUCUACUGAUGCAGAAAAAUAUUGCAUAGAGAGGCACAACCAAAUGGAUGUUGAAGGGAAACAGAUCAGAUUAAAUUACAAUGGCUUUUGGAGAAACACAAAGAUGGCAUUUCCAGAACGGGGAACCUCUUUUUUUUUUAGUUGGCGUGAGAAUGUUUCACAGGAAGGAUCGAGAAGGGUGAUAUCUUCAUUUUAUCCAGGAUUGACGCAAGAUAAGUGGUAUUUUUUUUCUUUUAAGUAUUCUAUUCUGUAUUUCUGAUUAUGUUUGUCUCUCAGGGAAAUGUAAUUAUUAAAAUGUUUCUGUUCUAAAAGCUUCUAAAA